UACUUUCACGAAAUGUAAUCACAAACCUCCUAAAAUGGUUCAAGUUUCAGUAUAGCCCAGUCUCUACACUUAAGCUAUCAAGCGUACUUUAGGUAUGAGCCAGUCUCUGCAAACCCACCGGGGCCAAAGGGAAAGGGAGAGAAACGGUGGGGGGCACCGUGAUCAUCGCGAAGACAGACCGAGGAGGGAACCGCGCAAUGACCGACCACCGUCAAGCGGCAGGUGUGAUGGUUUGGCAUCAAUACACGAGUCCUCUACGCCGUAUCUCACUAAUGCUCACUCUUUCACUUGCCGUCUUCCUCAGACCUUCAUCACAACCCUCCACACCCCCUUCCAAACAUCAUCGUCAACACCGUGCUCCGCAAGAACACGAGGAUUCAAAAUGCAACAAUAUCUGCUCCCGAAGAGGCAUCGUGCUCAUCGUCACCGUCCUCACCAACGCCCUGGUCCUGGUGUGCGUCGUGGCUGCCCAGAUGGUCAUGUCAGGUAUGUCGGCCAUGGGGGGGAUGACCACCUUCAACAUCAACUCGGCCUACAGCCCCUUCGAGGGCACCGAGCUGCAGAAGGUCCGAGACCUGGACAUGCAGUUCAGCCAGAUGCGAGCGCCGGGCAUCUACGGCGGAGUGGCCUUCAGCUUGGUCUUCGGCAUCACCUCCCUCCUCUUCGUGGUUUCCGGCAACAAGCCGGCGUACGAGCUGAGCCGCAAGCUCCUGAUUGGAGGGCUGGCGUUCCAGGCGCUGGGGGCGGUGGCGUACGUGGUGGCGGUGGGGUUGUACCUGCACUUUGUCAUCGGGGUCAACGCCACGGACGUGUGCCAGCGGCGGGAGCGUCUGUACGCCGGCCGCGGCUACACGUGGAUGAACUGCGACGUGGGCGGGGCCGACGCCGCCGUGGCGCUGUUCGGCCUCAUCACCGCCAUCCUGUACGGCGUGGGGGCCGUCCUCAGCUUCAGCGUGGUGCGGGCCGUGUGGGCCUAUCACCGCGACGGGCGGCGGCACGAGGAGGCGAGGCGGCGCGCCGCCCCGGCUUACCCCCAGGGGGCGCCGCUGCGGACGGAGGCGACGGCCGUGUGACGGCGACGGAGGAGGAAUGCCCUCGCGUUCCGAGCUCAGGAGUGGCGUUCGUCUUUGGAGCCGUCCCGCUCGUGGGCGGAGGACUCGAUGAGAUUUACGACCCAAGCGUCUCGAUUGGGAUCCUCGGCCUGAAUGGAUCAGUGUCUCGACAGAUCCAGCACAAAGCUCUCUUUUAAUGCUCGCUUUUUAAACAUUUUUAUGCCGUAACAAUGUGACUGUUCAGCGCAGGAAGGCGUCGCCCAUGCGUGUGUUUGUGUGUUUUGAUGUGGCGUGAUGUCAAUAAAACCUUUGAACAAUUUGA